UUUCUUUCUUCCCUUAUACGAUCGAAAGUAAAUAGAAAAAUUUAAUAUUAUGAAUUAAAACGUGAACUAUCGGCCGAGUUGAACUUAUAAGAAUAUUGUGGUGCCAUCUGUCAAAUAUAAUAUAUGCAUCAUCUGUGAUGUACCUGUGAUAUUUUAUUGUGCUGAGUCGGUAUUAUUGAAAAUGAUAUGAAGAUGGUAACAGAAUUUUGAAGUUCUUCGAUAGGAAACGUCAAUAGGAAAUACGCGGUGCUCAGUAUGAAAUUCAUUUAUACUUACAAGUGUGUGUUGAUGCAAUUUGUUAUACAGUGCAUAUCAAUUUAAAGUAUUCUAUAUUACUUUUGUGUUUAUUAGAUUCUGAGAAAAUAGUUGCAUAAAAAGAAUUCAUAGCAAUGUUUGAAUGGGCAUAUGAUGGUGUUAAUGCCUCUAUACCACGUAAUGUAGGACCAGAAUGUGCAUAUUAUUUAAGUUUAAAACAAAGAAUUAUUGAAACAUUAUUUAUAUCAAUAUUCAUAAUAAGUUUUCUAGUAUGGGGUUACAGAAGAAUCAAAUUACCAUCUAAAGUAUCAUAUGUAAAUCAAGAUUGUGUUGGUAGGAGGAUUUUAUUAAUCAUUAUGUCAUUAGUAUUAGGAAUGGAAAUUGGAUUUAAGUUUACCAGUAGAACAGUUAUAUAUAUAUUAAAUCCUUGUCAUAUAACAUCAGCAGCACAGUUAUAUUUAUUGGCAGCAAAUCCUAGCCCUAUGGUUACAGCUAUCUUUAGGAUACACUUAAACUUCUUGAAUGGACCACUUUUAGCAUAUUUAUUUCCAGAAACAGAAUCUCGCAGAAUAUUUGCAGAUAAAGCAUUAUACUAUAUUCAACAUGGUUUAAUGGUAGUAAUACCAUAUUAUUUAUUGAGAAUUGGAGGUGUCUAUAAUAUUGAACCUCUAUCGGAUAUGAGUUGGUGUGUAUUUAGUUAUGGAAUAAAUUUAGUUUAUCAUUUUUGGAUUAUCCAACCUAUUGCAUUGCCCACACAAGUAAAUCUUAGUCAUAUGUUAUGUGCUGCUAUUUUAGACCCAUUUGAAGGACAAAAUUAUCGAAUGUGGACAUUUAUUCAUCAAGGAUUACUAUGUCCUUUAUUAUAAAGCGUUAUCGUCAUAGCGAUAGCAAUCAUGUAUAAAUUUGGUAUUAAAUGUGGAACUUAAUCCGUAAAGAACAAAUAAUGAAAGAAACAUUAUGUUUGAUUUCAAAUUGCGUAUUAAAUCGCGUUGAUUUGUACAAGGAAUACGAGGUGGAAAAGGUUUAUAUAAAGUAUUUCUUGUGUUUAAAUAAAUUAUGAUACCAAACAUUUGUUUCAUUUUUUUCUUCUUAGAAAAAAAUGUUAAAAUUUAUCAAUCAUUAUGAUUCGUGGUAUGCAACAAUACAAACAUUAAAGCAUUAAAAUAAAAUAAUUUAUUUACAGAGCGAUUUACAUUUCUUUUUUUUUUUUAUGUUUCUUUAAAACUCUCAUAUUUCUGAUAUACGUGCAAGUAUACUGGUGUUCCAAGCUUAAUCGUAUUACGACUAAUUCAUUCUUUCUCUAAACAUUUGUACAGAAUAGCUUCGCAAAUGGUUAUAUGAUGCAUGCGUAACACGUGUUUUACAAAAUGAUUUUUUUGUUUUAUUACCGAUUUUUCGAAUUAUUAUAACUGGUUGAUAUCUAUUAAUAUUGGAAUACUUAACGCUAUUAUGUAUCAUCAUAGCCACAUCAAUAUUAUGUCGAAAAAAUUGUAAUAAGGCACCACUAUACUCCACAUGUAAUAUCAAUAGUUCGUAUUCGAAGUUAACUUAUAUUACGUUUCG